UGAUAAUACCAUAGAUCAGGUAAUAUUUAAGAAAAGUUUAUAUAUUUUCAAAUAUUUUUAGUAAGGAUUCAAAAGUAAUAAUUAAAAAAUCUACAGAUUAUUAGACUGUGCAAGAAUUGUUUAAGCCUAUUUAAUCAACCAACAUUAAAUGCGGGAAGAAGAGGUACUUAACUAUUUCACAAAUAUUAUGGAAAAAAAGCCAGAUGUUACUGCCAGUAUAGCAGCAAUAAUUACCCUUAUGAAACUCUUGGAACUUGAUAAGUCUGAAACUGUUCAAGAAUUGGAUUUUAAUUUACAAUCUGCAGUUGAAAUAAUAUCAAAAGGAAGUAGCCGGAGUACAGGUGUUUCUUCAGGAUGUGCUUUAUUUAUGCGUUUUAUAACUUUUGCUAAACUAGAUAAUAUUAGUUUUGCUGAAUGCAAAAAAGUAAUGUUAGAUAGAGGGAAAGUUUUUCUAAAAAAACUUACUGAAGCUAGAAAUAAAGUAGCUAAAAUCACAUUACCAUUUAUUGUUGAUGGUGCUAAUAUUUUAACACAUUCAAAAUCAAGAGUAGUUCUUGAAGCAAUGCAACUUGCAUCAAAUGCUCAAAAAAGAUUUCAUGUUUAUGUGACUGAAUCAACUAUAGAUAAUAGCGGGAAAGAAAUGUACAAAUGUUUGAACGAACUAAAAAUUCCUUGUACAAUAAUUUUAGACUCUGCAGUUGGCUACAUAAUGGAAAAAAUUGAUAUGGUGAUGGUAGGAGCUGAAUGUGUCGUUGAGAGCGGUGGCAUUAUUAAUAAAAUUGGAAGUUCUACAAUGGCUAUCUGCGCGAAAGAGUUCAAAAAGCCAUUUUAUGUGCUCACAGAAAGUUACAAAUUCUCGAGAAUAUAUCCUCUAAAUCAGCGAGAUUUGCCUGAUAAUUUUAUGUAUUCUUCAAAUAACGGAAAUAAUACGAACGUUCAUCCCAUCGUCGAUUAUACACAUCCAACGUAUAUUACUCUCUUAUUUACGGACUUGGGAAUAUUAAUGCCAUCUGCUGUAAGUGAUGAGUUAAUUAAAUUGUAUCUUUAAUAGAAGAAUCUAAGAUUUUUUUCAUGGAUGUACGAUGAAAUUGUAUAAAUUGUAAUAUUCUUUGUAUAAUUUGUGUCGUUAUUAAAAAAAAUAUAUAUAUGUAUUUAUAUAUAUCAUUAGCUAUAA